AUGGAUUUUCCUGUUGACCCAAUCAUGGCAGCUAAGGCCUAUAAGUAUAAAGCAGAACUACUUCUUAAGGAAUACUUGCUAGCAGAUUCAUAUGUUCUAUACACUUCUGUGCUCGUGGGGCUCCUGAUGUGCAAGUUGUCCUAUGACUUCACACACAUAAUCAGUUCUGUCUACUUCAAAGGUUAUGCCUCUCUUACAAAGAUGAAAAAGAUUGAAUGGAACAACAGAGGAAUGUCCACUGUCCAUGCAAUACUCAUUACAAUGAUGUCAGUAUACCUAGUCUUCUUAUCAGAUUUGUUCUCUGAUCAGCUGGAUGGUCCAGUAACGUUUCGGAGUUCACACCUCUCUAACUUUACAUUGGGGGUCUCUGUUGGGUACUUCAUUGCAGAUCUUGCGAUGAUAUUUUGGUUCUACCCUUCUCUUGGUGGUAUGGAGUAUGUUUUCCACCACAUUCUGUGCCUUGUUUGUGCUGUAUAUGCUAUGCUUUCUGGGGAAGGACAGUUAUACGCAUACAUGUUUCUCAUCUCUGAGACUACCACCCCAGGAAUCAACCUACGAUGGUUCCUUGAUGUUGCUGGAAAGAAAAAUUCCAAAGCUUACAUUGUCAACGGAGUUGCAAUGUUCGUUACCUGGCUGAUGGUCAGGAUAGUUCUGUUCAUCUACUUGUUUUAUCACAUCCUUACAAAUUAUGAUCAGGUUAAGCAGAUGGACACUUUUGCUUGUGUUCUGAUAUCUGUUGCCCCCACCAUACUAUUCACUAUGAAUGUAAUAUGGUUUUCCAAGAUUGUAAAAGGUCUCAAGAAGACACUUGCCAAAAGGCAUGCUGAAUAG